UUGGCAACUUUGUGUUAACUCAAAAAACAAAUGAAAUCGUUUGCUGGUCGUACAUUUUCAUUGGAUUAAAUAGAAUUGUGUUAUUUGCAACAUUUUUAAAGUAAAAUAUUUAUUUAUUAAAUGAAUAAUGAUGGAAAUUGUUGCUGCCGACAAACAACAUGAGUUGGAUAGACAUAAAACUAAGAAAAAAUCGCAGAAAAAACAUGCAAAACCGCCGGCUGCCGAAGCUGCAGGUGACCAUGCCGGUGCACAAAAGAACCACAGGAAGCGUAAGAGACAUCAUUUCAAUGGAAUACGUGCACAAAUGGAGUUUUAUUUCGGCGAUGCAAAUCUUUCGAAGGAUCGCUUUCUUAAGCAACUAAUCGACAAAGAUCCAUAUGUACCAUUGGAUAUUUUUCUAAAUUUUAAUAAGAUGAAGGCUCUCACAUCUUCGGUAGAGGAAAUCAAAAAGUCCUUAACAAACUCCGAACUACUCGAGUUGGAUGAAACAAAUUUGAAAGUUAGACGCAAGACAGCGUUGCCGGCAGAACGUAAUGUCGACGACAAGACACUUUAUGUCGAAGCUUUACCAGCUGCUGCUGAUCACGAUUGGGUGCGUCAGGCAUUUGAAAGAUUUGGGCCAGUAGUUUACGUUUCUUUACCGAAAUAUGCGAAAUCACGCAAAAUCAAGGAGUUUGGUUUCGUCGAGUUCGAGCAGGCGAGUAGCGUGGAUAAAGCGAUUAAGGCUUUCAGCGAAUUCAACGGUGUGCUAAGAAUGCAAGAAACCGAUCCUGCCGAAUUGCAAAGUGUCAAAUCUUUUAUAAAAGAGCAAAAUGAGGAAGAUGUAGAAACGAAUAAUGUAUCUGAUACCGAGCAUAAAAAGGAUAAGAAAUUGAAAAGAGCCGUCGGUGAGGCGUCGGAAGAAGAAGGGCCUGAAAUUAAGAAAAUAAAAACAGAAAGCGACGAAAAUUCCACAGCAAACGAAACUGGUGAUACUUCAAAUGAUGACACCGAAGAUCAAGUCGAUGACGAUGGAGAUGGAAAGAAAAAGAAACGCCGCAAAAAGAAGAAAAAGGCGAAAACUUUGGAGAAACGUAGAAAGGAUACAGAUUUGAAUACAGAUGCAUCCUUCUAUGAGCUAAAGGUGCUGCCGAAAUGUGAUUGGAAACGGCUACGUAACAAAUAUCUAAACUUGCAGCGCGAAAAAGUAGCCGAGUUGAAACGCAAAGCAUGGAAGGAAAGGCAGCAACAACGUGCUGGUGAUGGUGUUUCUACCGAAGCAACGGAUGCCUCAGCACCCGCGCCCGCUAAGAAACCAAAGCCCAACGAACGAAAAUUGCGCAAAAUGAAUAUGAAUUUUUAUGGUGCCGGUGAGGAGGAGGCCAAACCAGCACCAAAGGAGCUGAAGCACAAUCCAGCUUUAGAACGUGCGCCGUUGUUUAGUUACUCAGAAGGGCUGAUCGUGGAAGUAGGUUUCUUAACUCCUUGUGUUAACAUAAAGGAAUUCAAGGCUGACAUGCGUCAAUACGAGACUGUAAAGUACGUUGACGUUAAGGAGGGCGCCAUGCAUGCACAACUACGUUUGGACACUGCCGUUGCGGCAACUGACUUUGUGCGCCAGCUGAGUUCGGCGGAUUACAAGUGUAAAGUACUCAGCGGCGAAGCUGAGUUGGAAUAUUGGAAAAAAAUUGAGGCAGAUCGAGAAAUGAAACUGAAUAAACAAGUAAAGAUACCACAGAAGAGAGGUAGAGAGAAAGUUAAGAAAUUAAUUACAAAGCAUAUCCGUUUUGGUGAAGAAGACGAAUAAUUAACACAGUGUGUUUUUGUAUAAAAAGAAAUUUAUUUGAAUAAAUAUCUUAGUAAAUAAACAUAUCUUACAUUACUACA